AUGCUAUUUUCGGGCCACAAAACCAAAUAGCGCGAACGGUGAACGUGCCUUCAAGUUUCAGCGUCGAACCUCGAAACCCAGAAGGAAAGCGAAGCGCGAAGUCGGAGCUCCGGCGAAAAAGUUGCAGUCUUGACGACACCCAAUAGUCGCCGCCGCCCAACGAUGUUUUACAGAGGGUAUGGCGAUGGUUCAGGUAGCCGUGAAAUGGGUGCAAAGCGGCAGCGGGUAGUUGACCAGGGCCCUUCAUUCUUUGGGGCUACUCCAGCUGGGACGAGCUUCAUGUACAACCAACCAACGUAUGCCUAUGUUGGCCAACCUCCACCUUUCCCUGUUGUGCGACUCCGUGGUCUGCCCUUUGAUUGCACGGACAGUGAUGUGGCCGAGUUCUUCCGAGGUCUAGACAUCAUAGAUAUCCUCUUUGUUCACAAGGGCGGUAAUAAGUUCAGUGGCGAGGCGUUCUGUGUGCUGGGGUACCCUCUUCAGGUCGAUUUCGCUCUCCAAAAGAACAGGCAAAACAUGGGGAGGAGAUAUGUUGAGGUGUUUAGAAGCACGAGACAGGACUACUACAAGGCAAUAGCAGGUGAAGUAUCGGAGUAUCGCAGUGUUAGUUCACCAAGGCGAAGCUAUGCACGAGCGAGAUCAUACGACGAGGGGAAGGAAUCAGCGGAGCACACAGGGAUGUUGCGGCUGAGGGGGCUGCCAUUCUCAGCAGGGAAGGACGACAUCAUGGAGUUCUUCAAGGGCUAUGGAGCAUUGUCAGAGGGAUCGGUCUACAUACUAACAAAUUCAGAAGGGAGACCCAAUGGGGAGGCGUUUGUCGAGUUUGAGAGUGCCGAGGAUUCAAAGGCCGCCAUGGAGAAGGAUAGGAUGACACUGGGAAGUCGGUACAUUGAGCUGUUCCCUUCAUCGGUGGAGGAGUUGAAAGAAGCUGCGUCCAGAGGAAGGUGACUCAUUGCACGAUUGUCAUUCUCCUUUUUCUCGAGAAGAUGCAUUUUUUCUGUUAAAGCUUAGGUUGAUGAUUGAGAAUGAAUGAAGUUGAAUCAGAUUCUUAUUUUAGACUUAAAAGAGUGACGAGGUUAUCCUUUUGUGCCAUCUUGUGCCUGUAUAUGUUGUGGAGCUCUCUUCUGCAGUAUUAGUAUGGAUAAACAUUACAUGCUCUGUUUUUUCUCGCCUUUCACAACCCAUCAGAA